AUGAAGUACGCUUAUGUUUUGACGGCUGUUGCCGCUCUUGUGUCCAAGGUUGCCGCCACCAGCGUCCAGGGGACUGCUGAGGGUUUUGCUUCUUCUGCCACUGGUGGUGGAGAUGCUACCCCUGUCUACCCUACCACAACCGAUGAGCUUAUCUCCUACCUUGGUGAUGACGAGGCCCGUGUCAUUGUGCUGAGCACGACAUUUGACUUCACUGACACCGAGGGGACCACCACUGCUACUGGCUGUGCCCCUUGGGGUACUGGAUCUGCUUGCCAGGUUGCCAUCAACCAAGAUGACUGGUGCACCAACUAUGAGCCAGACGCGCCCUCGACCUCUGUUACAUACGACAAUGCCGGUCUCCUUGGUAUCACCGUGAACUCCAACAAAUCCUUGAUUGGCGAGGGUACCAGUGGUGUCAUCAAGGGCCGUGGUAUCCGCAUGGUCAGCGGUGCCAGUAACAUCAUCGUCCAGAACAUCGCUAUCACCGAUAUCAACGCCAAGUACGUCUGGGGUGGCGAUGCCAUUACCCUUGACGACGCCGAUCUCGUCUGGAUCGAUCACGUUACUACUGCUCGCAUUGGUCGCCAGCACUACGUUCUGGGCACUGACGCCGACAACCGUGUCUCCCUGACCAACAACUACAUUGACGGUGAAAGCGACUACUCCGCCACCUGCGACGGCCACCACUACUGGAACGUUUACCUCGACGGCUCCAGUGACAAGGUUACCUUCAUGGGCAACUACCUGUACAUGACCAGUGGUCGCGCCCCUAAGGUUCAGGGUAACACCUACCUGCACGCCGUGAACAACUACUGGGAUGACAACUCUGGCCACGCUUUCGAGAUUGGCUCUGGCGGCUACGUCCUUGCCGAGGGCAACUACUUCAGCGAUGUCGAUACCGUCCUUGAGACCGACUCAUUCGAUGGCGAGCUCUUCUCCUCUGAUAGCUCCUCGAGUACCUGCGAGUCCUACAUCGGCCGCUCCUGCGUUGCUAACGUCAACGGUGGCGACCUCACUGGUUCCUCCACCACCGUUCUAUCGAACCUUUCGGAGGACACUUUGCCCACUGCCUCAUCUGCUAGCACUGAUCCUGCUUCUAGCGCUGGCCAGGGUAACCUGUAA